AUGCUCCACUCCAUAAUCCCAAUCGUUCAUCCUCCUCGCAACCUAGUCUCUACCCUUCCAUUAAACUACAACGACCUCGCUGAAAACAUAUUCCCUGAGGAUGCCACUGUCGCCGGAUCCCCCUCUGCGCCACCAGAGGCCACCGAGAAAGCCGUCCUCCGAAUCCUCGCCGCGAUCCUCAACCUCAUCGACAAGGACUAUAGUGUCGAGCUCGCAUGUGACGAUUUCUCCGACGCCAUCGUCGUGAAAGUCAACUAUUUGCACUACUUCUUCUCCUUCUGCCUCCCCAAGGGUUCCAAUCCCGACAAGGAGGAAGAAGAUAUGCUCAGCUACGGCUUAACGAUCAUGUUGAAUGGGCAAGAGCGGUUACUAAAGGAACUAGACGCCGCGAUUUUGGAGGACUGCAGUUGUUUCUCCGUGCGAAGUAUUUCAGAGAAUGUCAAGAAGAAAGAGGAGGCAAUGGAUUGUUUCAUGGCGAGAGAGGUUUCGUCGAAGGAUUUGGAGUCGAGGAAGAAGAUGAUGGAUGGACGGACUCACAUAAUCAAGCCAGUAUUGCUCAUAACGGAGGUAUAG